GUGGAUGUUGACGUAUUUUAUUGUUUAUUCCGGUACGGCAUUAUCGAGCGAAUUCUUAAACAAUUCGCUAUAGAGAUUUUUUGUAUAAUAGGUCUCCUUCGAAGGAAGCUGACAAUUUUGACAUGAUUUGUUGACAUUCAGUCUAUCUUCUAAAGAGAGCUUGUACAAAACUAAGAUUUUUUUCUAGGAAGGGUAUAGAAAAGUGGACAGGAACCGAUUCCUCUGGAAUAUAAUCAUAAUGGCGGCCAUCCAUCGAAAUGUUUGCCUUUAUACCGUUAUAUUAUUUAUAACUGUAAUAUAUGAUGUGUAUGGUAAAGGAACACUCCCAAAAUAUUAUAUGAGCGAAUUAUGUGGUCAAACUCUUGAUAUGAAAGCUGAUUUUAAAUGGAGUGCUCGAGUGGAAUUGGUACGGUCGGGUGAUUAUCGAGAUAAUAUGAAUUGUCGGUGGACCGUGACUGCCCCACCCAAUCAUAGACUGAUGGUAUAUUUUAAGGAAAUUGAUAUUGAUCGACGUUUUUUCAAGUGUGAUGAUUACUUAUCUAUUUAUGAUAGUAAUACAACCAGUGGAGCAUAUUUAGACGGAGCAUCUAAAUUAUGUGGGGAAACCCGUCCUCGCCAUUUCCUCUACACAUCUGGUAGAUCAAUGACGUUAUUGUUUGUUAGUGAUUACCAUGGCGAUGAUGAUGGCUUUGAUCUUUAUUUCACAGCCUAUCACACAGGAAACUGUACAGACCACGAGUUUAGGUGUAACAAUGGACGCUGUAUACACAACAGUUUAAAAUGUAACGGCUAUCAAAACUGUGGUGAUGAGAGUGAUAUGUGUUAUAGUAAAAUUGGUUCAAUUGUUGGUGCUAUCGUAGCCGUCGCAUUUGUUGUCCUCAUUGUUGUGGGUGUUGUUUUCAUAUGUCGUAGACGCAGACAAGCAAGAAAUGGAAAUGUUCACAUGAAGACUACUGAAAGUGUACCUAUGCAGCAAGCACCACCAGUCUACCCACCACAAGGUCAAGCCCCACCACAAGCUUAUCCUGCUUAUCCACAGCCAGGACAGUACCCACCUCCUGGGCAGUAUCCCCCACCUGGGCAGUAUCCCCCGCCUGGGCAGUAUCCUCCACCUGGACAGUAUCCACCACCUGGACAGUAUCCCCCACCUGGUCAAUACCCACCAGGCCCCUACCCUCCACAGGGUAACCCCAACAUGAAUUAUGCUCCCCCACCUUAUAGCGCGGUCAGUGAAGAACCCAGUAAAGUGGCCCUUUAAAUUCAAGCAACUAGUUAAUCUGAAAUGCAACUAGAAUGAUGAGCUUGCCUGGUAUAUAUACGCUUAAAAUUUCAUUUAUUAGAAAAACAAGGAAUAAAUAUUUAAGUGUAGUUAUCGUCUUUGCAUUUUUUAAAAGAAAAUUUAAUCUUUUUAAUAAUCAUUAAUAAAAACCUGGGCCCUGUUUCACGAAAUUUUUAACCAAGAUAAAAUCCAAAUUUUAGUAAUUUGAUUGGAUAAUAUUAGAUUGAUUUUAGUGCUUAGCCAAUCAAAAUUGAAGUAUCUACUAAAAUUUGGAUUUUAUCUUUAUUUAAGAUUUCGAGAAACAGGGCCCUGAGUCGCACAAUUUUUAUAAACUUUUUUUUACAAAUUGCACUAUACAUGUAGAUAUAACAGGAAUAUUAAUUUAAGUUGCGUAUUAAUUUGCUUGAUGAAGACGAGAGAACCCUUGUCGAAACGUCUUCAGAAAUAAAUCUUUCAAGUAAUUAACUUAUAUUCCAUAUAAUGGUGUAAUGUGUUUUGACGAGCACUAUAUUAAUUAACAAAUCGAAACGUCUUCAGAAAUAAAUCUUUCAAGUAAUUAACUUAUAUUCCAUAUAAUGGUGUAAUGUGUUUUGACGAGCACUAUAUUAAUUAACAAAUCUUGCAUACUAAUUUGCUUGAUAAAGGGGAGAGAACUCUCAUCGAAAUGUUGUCAGAACUAAAUCUUUCAAGUAAUUAACUUGUAUUCCAUAUAAUGGUGUAAUGUGUUUUGAUGAGCACGUGUAUAUUUAUUAACAUAUUUUCACAAAUUGAAAUAUAGAUCUGUAACUGUUUUUAUUUUAAAUUGUCUACUUUAAUUAUAAUCAGCUCUGGCUAACUGAGACACACAAGUCAGAAAACCAAAACACAAUUAUGGCUAAAUUUGGAUUUUUGUAUUUCGAUAUUUUGAAUCUUGUACAUUAUGUAAAAUGGGCGGUAUAAAGUUAGUGUACACUAUGAGAUUGUAAAAAGGAUUGUAAUUAACUAAAACAAAGUUAGACUCCAUCGCAACCAUAAAAAUAGCAAAUGCAUUUUAGAAGACAAGUAUACUGAAAAGACAUUUGCCGGAGCUGGUCCAAUCUGAUUGAAACACAGAUCCUAUUUCGUUUCGUUUUUUUAUAGUUUAUAAUCCGCGUUCUGGAUGAUGUGAGAAAUUAGCCAAUAAAAACAGUCUAUUACGGCGAGUUUUUGGCGCGAGUUGCACGGAACCGUGGGUAACCCACUAGAAACAUCAACGCUGAUUAGUUAUUAAAAUGUCUGACGUCAUAGGGUCAAAAGCCGCUCGUAUGACCUCUGAUGGUAGAGGCCGUCGAAAGUAUAAAAGAAAAAACGAAACGAAAUAUAGAUCUGUAUUUUAUUUAGAUUGGAGCUGGUAAGACAUAAAUUAAAGAAGAUAAUUAGUGUACAAAUGUAUAUCUAUACCUGGAAUGUAUAUAUAGUCUUAAAUUGUAUAUAAUCUUAAAUUGUAUUUAGUUUAAAAAUGUAUAAUUUGUAAGCUUCUCUUCUCAGGUGACAAUUUUUUUUGUUUUUUUAUAAGUUUGUGUAUUACUAGCAGAUGACCCGACGCAGCACGGUUUGAAAGUAGUUUAACUCAGAAACCGGAAGUGGUAGGCCUAUGCCAACUAGCCUAUGUUACUCCCUGGUUCGAGCUACCCCUAUGCACGAAUUUUCAGCCUCAUGACAGCGCUAGUGUAGCCACCAACCCUGAACAGACAGACAGACAAACAAACAGGCAAAUUAUUCACACAUAUAUUAUAUAGAUAGACGAUGACCAACUAGCUUUAGUAAGCACAGUAUUACACCUAGUUUGUGUUGAGUGGACCUCAAACCCCAUCUCUGCCUCUCUCCCUAUAUUUAGUUUUAUUAUUAUAUCUUGUAAUAUGUUGAUUUGGUUCUUACUGCGAACAUAAAACUGGUUCGGAGUUGGGAGUGAUAAAACUUUUUAAGAAUUUAUGCAUUAAACUGUUUAUACCACUUGUCUUUGCUCGUUGACACACAAUUCUGCUAAUCUAUGCGGCUACCACUACUGUUCAUUGUAAGACUUCGAUUCCCCAGUUGUACGUGACAAGGAGUAGGGUCGCCUGUCCAAUCUCAUUGGUUUUCUCUGCGUCCUCCCACUGCUAAAACCCCUACGUGCAAGCGAAUUAUUAAAAUAAAACUGAACCAUGUGUUAGUCCCGAAAUGACCUAAUUUGUGUUUAGUGGACGUUAAACCCCAUUUCUCUCUCUCUCUCUCAUUGUAAAACUCUACGAGAGCCACAGGAAAUAUACCCUCUUCUGGUUUAAUGUACGUGUAUUUGACAAUUUGACAAUUUGAUGGUUGCUUUAAACGACAAUAUUAGUGUCAGUCAUUAUCACAUAUGUGAUAGGGGGGGGGGGGGGGGUUGGAUGGCCGAAUGGUUAGCACGCGCGCGCUGUAUCAUACAGUCUGUCAUUGAGUCAACUGGCGAGGUUUCCAUUCCUUGGUUGUACGUGACAAGGAGUAGUGUCGCCUGUCCAACCUCGUGGGUUUUCUCCGGGUCCUCCGGUUUCCUCCCACUGCUAAAGACCCCUACGCGCAAGCGAAUAAUUGAAAUAAAAUUAAACCAUAUGUUAGUCCCGAAAUGACCUAGUUUGUGUCGAGUGGACGUUAAACCCCAUUUCUCUCUCUCUCUCUCAUAUGUGAUAGAACCUGUUAAACAUGUUCCAAAUAUAAUUUUAAUACAUGUACAUUUAAUUUGUUUGAAGCUUAGCCUCGCUUCACCAGUUUUAAAUGAAUCUACUUAAAAUCGGACCCAUUCGAUGGCAUCAUGUGUUAAUUAUGGUCAUGUUAAUAAAUGUCUAAACAAUAAUUUAGAUAACAUUUAAGGCCUAAAGAAAGACCUGCAAUAGGCAGAUUUAGCUCUUGUAUAAUGUCUGUUUAAUGACUUAGGUGUUUUUUUUCUGCCAUUCUUACAGCCAUUCCAAUAGUGUAUUUCAUAUCCAGGCUUAUCCUCCAUCUUUCCAACCUCGUGGGUUUUCUCUGGGUCCUCCGGUUUCCUCCCACUGCUAAAAACCCCUAUGCGCAAGCGAAUUACUGAAAUAAAAUUGAACCAUAUGUUAGUCCCGAAAUGACCUAGUUUGUGACGAGUGGACGUUAAACCCUCUCUCUCUCUCUUGAACCAUUGAAUAACAUUUCCAAUAAUGUACGGGAAACUUGCCAAUCGUACAUUAUCUAUACUACAGGAAAUAUUGGACUCGCGUGACAUGCUUUGAAAAGCAUGUGCAGGAUAGUGUCUGUAUUUUAUGUUAUUUAAGGGUCUCGAGCUAAAGACAUUGUGUAAUAUAUUAAAACAACACUCGGCUAACGCCUCGUGCAGUAUCAAUAUAUUACUUAAUGUCUCGCUCUCGAUCAUUAAAGGGACAAUAACACUCUUGCUGGUUUGACAGCUCCAGAAAAUAGAAAAUAGCCUUAUUCUAAAUACUAGAUAUGUUAGUGUCUUACCUGUUGUGUAAAUUAUCCAUUAAAUCCUAUUUUACUUGUCAAGAGGGUUCAAAAAUAUUUUUAAAUCCAAGUCACAUUUGAAAAGCUUUACGUCAGGCUUUUCAAAUCAUUUAGUUGAAUUUUUCCAAUUUUUUUAAAUUAGGUGUUCUAAGAUGAAAUUUGUAUCAUCAAUUAAUUGGAAUAUUGUAAAAUAGUACAAUUUGUUGACCAGAAUAAAGAUUGGGACAUAUUAUUCAGUUACAACAAGAGUGGUAUUGAGCCUUUAAACUAUACAUAUUUUUGUUUCUGCCAAUCUUAAUGUAUAUGCAAUGCUGAUUAUCAUAUCAGAUUAGGCCUAUAGUGUAUUUCUUAUUGUCCCCCGCCUUUCGAAGAAAGCAGGGGACUAUUAAAAUGGGUUCGUCCGUCUGUCUGUCUGUCUGUCCAUCUGUCUGUCCGUCUGUCUGUCCGUCCGUCUGUCUGUCCGUCACACUUUUUGGGACACAAUAACUCUCUUCCUAAUUGAGCUAGAAUGUUCAAACUUGGUGUAUGUGUUUAUUAGGUCAAUGCCUUGAUGGAGUUCGAAGAUGAGCAUUUUCCGCUUAGGGUAAGCAGAGAUAAGCAAUUUGAUUGGUUGAUGCUUUGGGACACGAUAACUCUCUUCCUAAUUGGGCUAGAAUGUUCAAACUUGGUGUAUGUGUUGAUUAGGUCAAUGCCUUGAUGGAGUUCGAAGAUGAGCAUUUUCCGCUUAGGGUAAGCAGAGAUAAGCAAUUUGAUUGGUUGAUGCUUUGGGACACGAUAACUUUUAAUUGAGCUAGAAUGUUCAAACUUGGUGUAUGUGUUUAUUAGGUCAAUGCCUUGAUGGAGUUCGAAGAUGAGCAUUUUCCGCUUAGGGUAAGCAGAGAUAAGCAAUUUGAUUGGUUGAUACUUUGGGGCACGAUAACUCUCUUCCUAAUUGAGCUAGAAUGUUCAAACUUGGUGUAUGUGUUGAUUAGGUCAAUGCCUUGAUGGAGUUCGAAGAUGAGCAUUUUCCGCUUAGGGUAAGCAGAGAUAAGCAAUUUGAUUGGUUGAUGCUUUGGGACACGAUAACUUUAGUUCUAAUUAAGUGAGAUUGAUGAAACUUGGUGUAUAGAUUUAUUAUAUGAAUACCUUAACUAAGUUCGAUAAUGAACAUUUUUUGCUGAGGGUAAGCAGAGUGAUAAGCAAUUUGAUUGGUAGAAACUUUGGAACACAAUAACUCUCCUUCUAAUUGAGGUAGAAUGUUCAAACUUGGCAUAGGUGUCUAUUAGGUGAAUGUUUAAACUUGAUGUAUAUGUAGAUGUUCAUUAGGUGAAUGUCUUGACUGAGUUCAAUAAUUAACAUUUCGAGCUGAAGCUAAGCAGAGCUAAUCGAUUUCAUUUGUCGAUGGUUUGGGACAAGAUAAUCUUGAUUCUAUCUGAUAGAGAGUGAUGAAACUUAGUGAAAAAAAUAAAUGUGCGAUUAAUUAAUAUGUGUCAUCUAUUUAUUUUGCAAUUUCGGCGGGGGACAUCAGCCUCACUGUUGGCUUGUUCCUGUUUAUCCUCCAUUUUGAAAUCUGAUUACCCAAACUACUUACAAUAUAUUUUUAUUUUAGAGAAUCUUGUAUGAAUUCUUUCGUUAUGGUGUUAUGCAUUUCUGAGAUUUAUCUGUAUGUUUUUGUAUGUUUCCGUCACCCAUGUCAACCUUGGUCUGUGGGACGUCUUUAAAAAGGUUUGAGUUUGUUUUUUUUUUACUCAGUGAUCAUGGCAGACGGGUUAGCUCGAUGACUAAUAUUUUCCUGUCUGUUCUGUUUCACCUUGCUGGUGCGAGACGGAGAAUAUGACACAGAAAAUUGUCUAGUCAUUCAGAAGACAUGAUAAAUGGAUGUCUUGGCAGCACGUUAAGGUGCCGUAAAUAUUAAUAUUUGACGAGCAAACUGCUGGUGGGCAUUGCUUUUAAAUGUCUUUCAUAUAGUACCCACUAUUAAGUUUAAUUCUUGUAUCAACGGGUGCACAAUAAUAAUCUGAUAUUUAUUGGUCCUACUCUCAUUGGUCUGGUGUUGAUUAGUUCCGAGUAACUAGACUUUCCCAGUGACACCGGCUAGAUCUAUUUUUUAAGGCCAACUCAAGAUUUCGUCAAGGUCGCUGAGAUGUAAAUAAGGUUAGGGCACGUGAUUAUUGGCAUGAUUGUAGGUUAGGGUAAGUGUUACAGCUGGGUCCAGGGAUAGGGUUAGGGUUGGGAUUAGCACUGGCACUAUUUACAUUUCGUGACCUUUGACCAAACUUGAAGUUGGCCUUAUCAAUUAGAUUUAACCCAGUGACCUGGACACUGACAAAAAGCCUAUAUUAAAGAUGCAUUAUGUAAAAUUGAGAUAAAGAGCUGGCAGUUCUUGCUAUAAUAGUUUAAAAAGAUAAUGAAAAAUAAAUAUAUUAAAAAUGUCAGACAAAUUACUUCAUUCUGAUCUUUUUCCGGCGUGGUUUCCCCUUGUUAGUGAUGCAGGACAGAGGGCCUGACAAGGACAGCUGUCUAGUCCUUCGGGUGAGACAAAAAAACUGAGGUUCCGUGUAUACAUUGGAAUGCACGUAAAAGAUCCCUUGGCAGUUGGAAUUUGAUAUAAGAGUAGACAAUAGUGCCGCUGCCCGGGCAAAAUUUCCCUCAUAGCACACUGUAUGGAAUAUGACCGUCUUCAUUAGCCAAGUAUAGGAGCAGAACAGUAGGACGUUAAACCCCAUUUCAUUUCAUUCUGAUCGAAGUCAUGGCUGUUUGGAUAAUAGCGAAGUCUUGAUUGUCAUUGCUACUGUUGUUACGAUAUUAAACAAAGUCUUGAUUAUCCAUUGUUUUAUUUAAAUUAUUAAAUUAGGAUCUUGUUUCAAUCCAAUGAAAAUCUUGAGCAUCCGAUGGACUAGAGAGUUGAUUAUGGUCUUGUCAAGUUAAUUUUGAAGCCAAAAGACAGACCUGCAAUAGGCAGAUUUUGCUCUUACAUAAUGCAUCUUUCAUCGGACAUGGAUAAGUUUUAUAUCUUAAACAUUGUACAUGCUUCAUCUUUUGAUGUUAAAUAUAUGUUUCCAUCGAAAAGAUGGAGCAGAAAACGUUAAUCCAACAAGCAGACCCCAAUAAAACUUAGCUUUUUUAAUGUUUGAAAUAUCUUAAUUUCCUAAUAAAAAUAUCUUCAGAUA